AUGUGUCGAGGUAGCUGGCAGAGCAAGCCAGUUCAGAGCCCGCCUCAAUUAAUUUGGGAGUUCUGCGCUGAACAGUUUCAGAAAUGCGAAUGCACUGGACGCAUGCGCUGGGGCACUCGCGAUAAGUUCCAAGUGUUCCAGCCCCAAGAAGCUCCGUGGCAGUGCGACUUCAUUGCGUUGGGCGAUCCCGCUCCGGGUGAUGACUCAAAGAUAUGCGAAUGUGAAGUGCCGAGAGUGAGACCGCAGGAAGGUCUUGAGUGGGUCUUCUGUGCGAGCCAGUUCAUGUUGUGUGAAUGCCCUGGCCGCGUACGUUGGGGGAACGACAAGCGAUGGAAGAUCUUGCCACAGCAGCACGCAGCUCAGCUUGUUAAGUGCACCACGGACCUUGGCGACCCGUCUCCAGGAGAUGCAGGGAAGCAUUGUGAAUGCGAGCUUGAUCCAACAUCAGCUUUCUUCUCACGAGUGUCGCCAGCAGUGAAGAAGGUCUCCACAUUUCCCAAAGUGGACAAAGUGGUAUCUUGUGAGAUUUUUGAAGCCAGUCAAAAUCAACCAUGGGAUCGAGAGCAGUGGAAAGCCGUGCAGGGCCUGUGUUCAGACCCGGGCUUAGGAAGCGCCUUCCAUUUGCCAAAGCCGGGGGCACUUGCCUUGGAGAACGAAACGCUGAAGUCCAUGGUGGAUGGGUGGAUCAGUGACGGGUUCAGGGACAACUAUUUGAGGCUCUACACAGAAGGAUGGUUGGACGAGGCGUUUGUGAACUUCAUUGGGAGUUCCCCAAGCCAGACGAAGUGGGCCAUGAUCAAUGAACAGCUGAUACGUUCCGUGCAUGUGUUUUCUACAAGACCAAUUGUGGUUGUUCAUUUCGGAAUGGCAACGCCGCGCGAGUGGGAUCCAAUAAAAUACCCCCGCUUGGUCGUCAUACAUGCUGCACCGUUCCCAACGGCUGUGUUCCGUCGGUUCGACCUCAAUAAAUUCCGGUCACUGCUCAUCGCACGAGUGAAAACUGGCAUUCAGCUGGACUCUGACCAGUUCGUUGCCCCGCGGGUAGAUGACCUCUUCGCACGUGCCAGGCAGGAAAGCUCCGAGCUGUAUCCACUGCCGAUUCUCCCCGUCCAUUUCUUGAAGAACGAGCCACGCUGCACGAAAGUGUUCUAUUGCUGGGGCCGUCGCUUUGUGGCCAGCAGUCUUGACAUGAACCGAUUUCAAUGGCAAGAGUCAAGUGUUCGACAGAUAUUGCCAGAAGGGCAAGUGCCAUGUGUCUACGCGAUGGGGCCACGCACAUCCGACAUGGACGUUCUGGGCACUCCCCUUUUUGGGAACUUGGAUCCGCCGUCACCUUCGGGAGCUGGGAUGCGGAACAGACUUGCUUUGAUGUCAGAUGCCAGAAUUGCCUCAGCCUGGAAGGACGAGACAUUGCCGGCUGUUUCGGGCCCGAAGACUGCCCUUCGUGUGACAAAUAUCGACGUGGAUGAGGAGCUUUGCCAAGCAACUUCAUGCGGAAGUACUGGAGCAAGAGGGGAAGGUUGCAUUAGCCUGGUGGAAGAGGAGUUUCAUGUGGCAUGCUUUCAGUCUGGACCUGGUUGCUUUCAGGAUUUGCUGAACAUCGGCACCUGGGAAGAGAAGGGUCACAAGCAGUAUUUCAAGACGCUCCUGCAGCCAAGACAGCCAAGAGCUGCUCACCUCUGCAAUCAAGCGUCGCAUCCCCAGUUCUUCGAUGUCCUUCGCGUGAGGCCGCCCAUCAACUCGGAUGAGGUCUUUCACCCAGCAGGUGCUGCGCUUGUUUUCUACACUGCCCAUCAUGCAGUUGAUCCCAAUGUGUCUGCUUCAAUUAUCGACCAGUUAGACGAACGCUUUCGAUCUGGAAACCUUCCACCUCCUGUGUAUUUCAAAGGAUGCUUCUACCAGGAUGGAGCUGCGCUCAAAAAAGCCCACCCGGACGUGCGAUGUCUGAUUUGA